UAGAACAGCAGUGAAAAAUAAAGUUCCUCUUGUCCGCUCUUUAACUUUGAACUGGGUGACUUUUUGUGUUGAGACAAGCAAUAAAGCUGUAAUUCUUAAGUUACAUAAGGAUUAUGUCCCCAUAUGUAUGGAGUGCCUGAAUGACGUGACCCCGGAAGUGAGGGAUGCCUCAUUUUCUGCUUUGACAGCACUUGCUAAGUUGGUUGGUAUGAGACCUUUAGAAAAGUCACUAGAGAAACUUGAUGAGGUGAGAAAGAAAAAACUAGCAGACAUGAUUGGGAGUUCUGGUGGUGUUGUGCUUCCAAGUAUGGGCUCAGCAGCUGCUGCUCCGAUUUCAAGUGGGAGUGUCUCAUCUUCUAUGGCCAUCGAGAGUUCAUUUGCAAGAAAAUCUGCGGCAAGCAUGCUUAGUGGGAAGAAGCCAGUCCCGGCAGCUCUGGUCACUAAAAAAAUUGGGGCAGUUAAACAAAGUGUUGGCAAGAAGGGUGAUGGUGUUGGACAGUCAAAGGCUGUGGUAGUGGUUGAACGUGAAGAUGUUGAGCCAGCAGAAAUGAGUCUUGAAGAGAUUGAAACCAGAUUAGGCUCACUUCUACAAUUCGAUACAGUAUCUCAACUGAAGAGCAGUGUAUGGAAAGAGAGGCUUGAAGCAAUUGUCUCUCUGAAACAGCAAGUAGAAGGUCUUCAAGAGAUUGACCAGUCAGCAGAGAUUUUGAUUCGUUUAUUAUGUGUUGUUCCUGGGUGGGGAGAGAAAAAUAUUCAGGUCCAGCAACAGAUUAUAGAAGUCAUUACUCACAUAGCUUCAUCGGUGACUAAAUUUCCGAAACGAUGUGCUGUACUAUGUCUUCUAGGUAUAAGUGAACGGGUGGCUGAUAUUAAAACCCGUGCUAAUGCAAUGAAGUGUCUGACUACUUUCUCUGAAGCAGUGGGUCCAGGAUUCAUUUUUGAGAGACUUUACAAAAUUAUGAAAGAGCACAAGAAUCCCAAGGUUCUGAGUGAGGGAAUUAUGUGGAUGGUUUCUGCAGUUGAGGACUUUGGCAUUUCACAUUUAAAGCUUAAGGAUUUAAUUGAUUUCUGCAAGGACACGGGUCUUCAGUCGAGUGCCGCUGCCACUAGAAAUGCAACUAUAAAGCUUAUUGGUGCACUACAUAAGUUUGUCGGUCCAGAUAUUAAAGGGUUUCUUGUGGAUGUCAAGCCUGCACUUCUUAGUGCACUUGAUGCUGAAUAUGAGAAAAAUCCGUUUGAGGGGACGUCAGCAGCUCCAAGAAAAAUUGUUAAGGCAUCGGACUCCACUUUGUCUAUGUCUGCUGCUGGAUUGGAUGGCCUGCCUCGUGACGAUAUUAGUGGGAAAAUCACGCCUACUCUUAUAAAGAACUUGGGUAGUUCUGAUUGGAAGGUCCGUUUGGAAUCUAUAGAAUCAGUUAAUAAGAUCUUAGAAGAAGCCAACAAGCGCAUUCAACCCACUGGAAUUGGGGAGUUAUUUACUGCCCUUAGAGGCCGUUUAUAUGACAGUAACAAAAAUUUAGUAAUAGCAAACUUAUCCACCCUUGGUGGUGUUGCAUCUGCUAUGGGUCCAGCAGUCGAGAAGGCAAGCAAGGGGAUUCUUUCUGAUGUUUUAAAAUGCCUUGGUGACAAUAAAAAGCAUAUGAGAGAAUGCACUUUGAAUACCUUGGAUUCCUGGGUUGAUGCUGUUCAUCUUGAUAAAAUGGUUCCUUACAUUACGGCUGCAUUCACUGACACCAAGCUUGGCUUGGAAGGGCGAAAGGAUCUUUUUGAUUGGCUAACCAAGCAACUUUUUGGAUUAAGUGAUUCAUCUGAUGCCAUUCACUUGCUGAAACCAGCUGCCACUGCUAUGAUGGACAAAUCUUCAGAUGUUCGGAAAGCAGCAGAAGCAUGCCUUGGUGAAGUUGUGAGAGUUUGUGGAGCAGAAGCUGUGUCCAAGCAUAUAAAAGACUUACAUGGACCUGCUUUGAAUCUUGUUCUUGAACGUUUAAAACCAUCUGGGACCCUCCAAGAUUCUUAUGAUUCACUGACGUCUAAAACAAGCUCAAAAGUUGGAAAAUCUAGUUCAAAUGGUUAUGGUGAUCGUGUGUCAAAGCAUGGCAGCAGAGCUAUGUCUUCGAGAGCUAUUCCGGCAAAGGGCUCAAGGUCAGAUUCCAUUGUGUCUGCUCAUGACCUUGCUGUCCAGUCGCAGGCUUUGUUAACUAUCAAAGACUCAAAUAAGGAAGAUAGAGAGAGAUUUGUCAUACGCAGGUUUAAAUUUGAAGAGUUACGAUUGGAGCAGAUUCAAGAUCUUGAGAGUGAUGUUAUGAAGUAUUUCAGAGAAGAUCUACAUAGGCGGUUGCUAAGCACAGAUUUUAAGAAACAAGUUGAUGGGCUUGAGAUGUUACAAAAGGCACUUCCAUCCAUUGGAAAGGAAAUAAUUGAGCUUUUGGACAUACUUUUGCGGUGGUUUGUUUUGCGGUUCUGUGAAUCAAACACAACGUGUCUUCUGAAGGUCUUGGAGUUUCUUCCUGAACUUUUUGACGUAUUGAAAGAUGAGGGUUAUACUCUUACUGAAGCAGAAGCAGCCAUUUUUCUUCCAUGCUUGAUAGAGAAGUCUGGACAUAAUAUUGAGAAAGUACGAGAAAAAAUGCGGGAGUUGAUGAAGCAAAUUAUUCAAUUAUAUACAGCAAGUAAGACUUUUCCAUAUGUUUUUGAGGGCUUGCGCUCUAAAAACAAUCGGACGCGGAUAGAAUGUGUUGAUCUUAUUGGUUUGCUAAUUGAUCACCAUGGAGCUGAGAUGGGUGGACAAUUAAAGUCCUUGCAGCUCAUUGCCAGUUUGACGCCAGAACGAGAUGGUGAAAUUCGGAAAGCUGCUCUUAAUACUUUAGCUACUGCUUACAAGAGUCUUGGAGAGGACAUAUGGAGGUUUGUGGGCAAGCUGUCUGAUGCUCAGAAAAGCAUGUUGGAUGAUAAAUUUAAGUGGAAGGUCCGUGAAAUGGAGAAAAGAAAGGAAGGAAAACCAGGGGAAGCUAGAGCUGCUUUGAGGCGUUCUGUUAGGGACAAUGGAGUUGAAAUAGCAGAGCAGAGUGGGGAAGUUUUUGCAUGCUCCAUUUCUGCCCCAAUCAUGCCAAGGGAAAACAUUGGCCAUUCUGAACCUUAUGCGGAGAGGCAUCAUUUUGGCCGGUCAAUGGCUAGUGCAAAUGGCCCUUCAGACUGGAAUGAAGCUCUGCUUAUCAUCUCAGUUGGCUCUCCUGAAGAGUCGGUUGAGGGUAUGAAAGUGGUUUGUCAUGAGUUGGCACAGGCUACUAGUGAUCCUGAAAGCAGUGCAUUGGAUGAUCUCUCCAAAGAUGCCGAUAGACUUGUCGCAUGCCUGGCAACCAAGGUGGCAAAGACCUUUGAUUUCAGUUUGGGAGGAGCUUCCUCAAGGUCAUGUAAAUAUGUCUUGAACACACUCAUGCAGACAUUCCAAAAUAAAAGGCUCGCCCAUGCUGUGAAGGAGAUUACACUUGAUACCCUUAUCACUGAACUUCUGCUUUGGUUGUUAGAUGAAAGAGUUCCACUGAUGGAUGAUGGCAGCCAGCUUCUGAAAGCAUUGAAUGUUUUGAUGCUUAAGAUUCUGGACAAUGCAGAACGCACGUCAUCAUUUUCUGUUCUGAUUAAGCUCUUGCGACCGUUGGACCCCUUAAGAUGGCCAUCACCUGCAUCAAAUGAGACCUUUGCAUCAAGAAAUCAGAAGUUCUCAGAUCUUGUUGUGAAAUGCCUUAUCAAACUUACCAAAGUUCUCCAGAGCACAAUCUUUGAUGUUGACCUUGACCGUAUCCUUCAAAGCAUCCAUUUGUAUCUACAGGAAUUAGGAAUGGAAGAAAUCCGGAGGAGAGCUGGUGCUGAUGACAAACCAUUACGAAUGGUCAAAACUGUUCUGCAUGAACUCGUUAAACUUCGUGGGACAGCAAUAAAGGGUCAUCUUUCCAUGGUUCCUAUAGACAUGGAACCUCAACCUAUAAUUCUUGCCUACAUUGAUCUUAAUCUGCAGACACUUGCUGCAGCUAGGAUGUUGACCCCCACUGGUCCUGUUGGUCAAACUCAUUGGGGUGAUUCUACAGCCAAUAAUCCAACACCUGCCACUCAUUCUUCUGAUGCCCAAUUGAAGCAAGAACUUGCUGCAAUAUUCAAGAAAAUAGGGGACAAGCAAACAUCUGCAAUUGGUCUCCAUGAAUUGUACUGCAUCACUCAACUAUAUCCACAGGUUGAUAUAUUUGCUCAGCUACAGAAUGCUAGUGACGCGUUUCGCACAUACAUAAGAGAUGGAUUAGCUCAGGUGGAAAGGAAUGCUGCUGCUGGUAGGACACCUUCUAGUAUGCCAAUGCCAACUCCUCCCCCAGUUUCUCUUUCCUUCUCUUCCCCGAAAUUAGCUCCACUAUCACCUGUACAUACAAAUAUCCUGAAUGAUGCCAAGUCAAUAAAUGUGAAGCUUGAAUCCACAAACCAUAAUCUGCCUUCGUCAUUAGACGAAGAUGACGGGGCAAUCAAUGCUUUUUCUUUAAGAGGACCUACAUUUUCUCAUCCAGAGUUGAGGCAACAUGGUGGUGAUGAGAGGAAGGACAGAUAUCCAUCUGGAGUAACAAGUGGGACGUUGGAUGCAAUCAGAGAAAGGAUGAAAAGCAUUCAACUAGCUGCUACAGCAGGGAACCUAGAAUCCAUGAAUAGGUCAUCAAUGUAUAUGAAUGGUAAUGUGACACAUGGACUCCAGAAUCAGAUUCCUCAUGGAUCGGUCCCUGUUGAUGUCGAACAUUCCAUUCAAUCUGGGGUCCUUCCCAUGGAUGAGAGAGCAUUAUCUGGCCUUCAAGCCCGCAUGGAAAGGCUUAAAAGUGGAGCAAUUGAACCCGUGUGAAGAAGACUUGUAGGUCUUUAUUGACAAAGCUGUAGUGUAGAGUUGUAUCAUUAUUCGGCUUUCUGUUUGGUAAUGGAUUUCUACAGUAAUGCUUCGUUUCAUUAUUCAGUGAUUGACCACCCAUUUUUCAAGCU